CCAAUCCUAACGAGGCCAGAGGAGAUGAACUUUCAUGGUAAAACCGGGGACUUCCAUAGCGGUUUUUCACACUCACGUGGUUCCAUUCUCGUCCAUAUUGAAGUUUUGGAUAAUACCACUUUAUAGGAAAACCCACAAUCCAAAAUCCCUCCAAAAGUUUCGAUAUAAAUUGCCUGAUUCCGAGCUCAAAGAACCAUCGAAAUUUCAACCGCCAAACAAGAUUUUGUAUGCAAUUUCCUCUCUGAGACAUCUCAUUGAACAUUUGGCGUAAUGGGUAUUCAUCUGCCGGCGAUCAUUCUUCACGCAAAGCAAAUAACUCACCGAGCGGCGCCGUCGCACCGGCAAGUUGGGUAUGAAGUGACGAAGCAACGAUCGGCGUCUUCCGAUGUUCCGAAAGGCCAUUUUGUGGUCUAUGUUGGAGAGGAAGAAGAAGAGAGGAAGCGGUUUGUUGUGCCAUUGUCGUACUUGAAGAAUCCCCUGUUUCAAGAAUUGUUGAGUAAGGCUGCUGACGAGUUUGGAUUUGAACAUCAGCUUGGUGGGAUUACGAUUCCUUGUGCUCAGGAUCAAUUUCUGGGUUUAACUUCUCGAUUGAGCCGACCCAUAAGCUGAAAUUGAUCAGAACUGAGAACCCAUUAGCCCAGAAGCUUGAAAAUGGUAGAGCUCUGUAAAUUAAUCGAUGAUAUUCUUAUAUUAGGGGUUUUUUCAGGAAUGGGUUUCUCUUGCACAGUUUUAUUUCGUGUUGUAAUUGCACUGUGAAGAGUUUAGCCAUUGAUGUAUUCUUAUUUAUUUAUCUUCCCAUUUAAUGCAAAAUCUUAAUCAUUGAAUUAUUGGAAUC